UGAAAAAACAACACGGAAUCUUGAAGUUUAACAGGGGGUGUCUCAAGGCUGUCGACUCGAUCGCCCCGCUCGUCCGUCAGGAAUGUCAGCCGGCGGCGACAACGGAGCUCGACUGAGCCAGUUCAAAAACAAAGGCAAAGAUGCUCACGAGCUCAGGCGCAGGAGAGCGGAAGUCAACGUGGAGCUGCGAAAAGCCAAGAAGGACGACCAGAUCCUGAAGAGGAGAAACGUGCAAGCUGGAGGUGGGAUCCUCCCCACCCCCCCUCUACAGGAGCCGUAUCCCAACGCGCAGGACUGGACUGUGGAGGAGAUUGUCAGUGGUGUAAACAGUCAAAAUCCUGAAUUACAGCUGCAGGCAACACAGGCAGCCAGGAAGCUCCUGUCCAAAGACAGGAAUCCACCUAUCGGCAGCAUCAUCGCCGCUGGCCUCAUCCCAAAGUUUGUCGAUUUUCUGGCAUUGCCUGAAUGCCCUCCCAUCCAGUUUGAGGCAGCCUGGGCUCUGACUAACAUCGCCUCAGGAACCUCCGACCAGACCGCCGCUGUAGUGGAAUGUGGGGCCAUACCAGCCUUCAUUCGUCUAGUAGCAUCACCACACCAGCACAUCAGCGAGCAGGCUGUCUGGGCCCUGGGCAACAUCGCAGGUGACGGAUCCUAUUACAGAGAUCAAGUGAUCAAACACGAUGGGCUGCAGCCAUUCCUGGACUUACUGAGCACCAGAGACCUAUUUGCAUUUCCUUGUGGCUACCUGCGCAAUGUCUCCUGGAUGCUCUCCAACCUGUGUCGGAACAAGGACCCGGCUCCUCCCCUGGCCGCCGUGCGGCAGCUGCUUCCUGCCCUGGUGCACCUCCUGCAGCACAACGACAUCGAGGUUCUGGCAGACACCUGCUGGGCUGUGUCCUACCUGACUGAUGGGUCCAACGAGAGGAUCGAGGUGGUGGUGCGGGCUGGCCUGGUGCCUCGUCUGGUCCAGCUCCUGGCCUGCGGGGAGUUCUCCAUUGUGACUCCGACCCUGAGAUCACUUGGCAACAUUGUGACUGGGACAGAUAAACAAACCCAGUGUGUGCUGAACGCAGGUGCUCUGGCAGUGUUCCCCGGCCUGCUGCAACACCAAAAGCCCAACAUCCAGAAAGAAGCAGCCUGGACCCUGUCCAACAUCACCGCUGGCAAGAGCCCACAGAUUCAGGAAGUUAUCAAUGCAGGCCUGAUCCCCCACCUGGUGGAGGUCCUUCAGAAGGGAGACCACAAGACCCAGAGGGAGGCUGUGUGGACCAUCACCAACUACACCAGCGGCGGAACAGUCGAUCAAGUGGCUUACCUCGUCCACUGCGGCGUGCUUCAGCCUCUACUCAGGCUUUUAACCAGUAAAGACAGCAAGAUGGUCCUGAUCAUCUUGGAAGCACUCUUAACUAUGUUGCAGAUGGCUGUCAUAACUGGCGAGCUCAAGGAACUGUGCCUAAUAAUCGAGGAGCUGGAUGGAUUAGACAAGAUCGAGGCGCUGCAGUUCAACAACAACGAAGCUGUGCAAAAGUCUGCUCUGAGCAUUAUAGACAGAUUCUUUUCUGAAGGGAACGAAGACGACUCCGUUGUUCCCGACUCCACUGCAGACAGCUAUGCCUUCCAUGUCCCCGAGGACCAGAGCACUUUCCAGUUUUAACACGUCCAGUUUUCUCUCUGUAUCAUAAAUGGUUCAUAUUCUUAGCUUGUGUUGUUUUUUGUACUUUUUUGUUGUUGAAAACUUUAUACACUAAAGAAAAGAAAAAAAUAGCUGCAUUUAGGCAAACAUUUGUAAAUAAAUUUGAGUAUU